AUGAACGAUGCCACUUAUGUAAAGGAAAUAACGGCAAUUAAAGACGCUAUCGAAUCCAUUGCAAAUCGCUGUGGAAAAAGUGAACAUGACAAAGUUAAAAGAGAAAUAGAAAAUGUUAUGAAAAGCCAGCUAAACGACAACAUGGGUCGAUUUGUUUUGUCCUCACUUCAUAAUGUGGAGGAAACGACAGAAGAGAUUCGGAAAGAUUUACUCCGCUUCAGGAAUCAUUUGGGGAUUCACAAUAAUAAAGAUAUGGAUCCUAACAAAGAAAGCCAGUCAGUGGACAAAAACCAAAAGGGACCGUUUGAAGCCGAAUCCUGGGAGGUGGUUUUAUUUUAUGUCGCCGGUAUAUUUUCUAUAGGAUGUCUUAUUGGAACAAUUCUGUAUUGUUACCUGUAUAUCAUGCCAAAAAGAUGAUUAAAUUAUUCAAACAUUUAUACCUUGCGAUCAGGUAUUUUAAAGAUGUAUGAGUACAUGUAAAUUUACCAUUGCUCUUUCAAGCAAAGCAGAAUCAAACGUCAAGUACGGAAUCAGCGUCUAUAUAUA